AUGGCGCAGCCCGUCAGGAGGUUUCCCGGCCACUUGGCCCAGUUCGUGAGGUGUUACUCGGUCUCGGCUGAGAGUAUUCCCGCCGCCAAGAAGAAGUAUGUGCCGACUGAGGGCACGUAUCCCCAGGGUUUUCAGGCCUCUGGGAUCCUCGUGGGAGUGAAGCCGGGAAACAAGACCAAGCCCGAUCUCGCUCUGCUCAGCUCAGACCGGCCUUGCGCCGCCGCCGCCGUCUUCACCAAGAACAAAUUCCAGGCGGCACCCGUCACCUUCAGCCGAGACCUCCUGAAGAAGAAGUCCAACCGCGGCAUUCGUAGUGUCCUCAUCAACUCGGGGUGCGCCAAUGCCGUCACCGGAAAGGGUGGUCUCGAGGAUGCCUCUCUCAUGGCGCACGCCGCCGACAAGGCUGUUGGAGGCGAGGGCGAUGCGUCGUCAACCAUUGUCAUGAGCACGGGAGUCAUUGGCCAGAGACUCCCCAUUGCCAAGAUCGUCGACAAUGUUCCCGCUGCCCAAGGGGCUCUGGGCUCAUCUCACAAACACUGGCUGAGCUUUGCUACCGCCAUCUGCACGACCGAUACGUUCCCGAAACUCAAGUCCAAGACCUUCACGCUGCCCUCGUCACCAGGCGUCGAGUACCGUAUUGCUGGCACCACCAAGGGCGCCGGCAUGAUCCAUCCCAACAUGGCCACGCUCCUCGGUGUUGUAGCUACCGACGCCCCCAUCUCGCCUGCCGUCAUGCCCUCGGUUCUUAAGCAUGCCGUCGACCGAUCAUUCAACAGCAUCACGAUCGAUGGAGACACAUCGACCAACGAUACUCUCGCGCUGCUCGCCAACGGUGCCGCUGGAGGCAAGGAGAUUGUGUCCGAGGAUUCGGCCGAUUACGCUGCUUUCAAGGAGGUCCUGACUGAUUUCUCUAUCGACCUGGCCAAGCUCAUUGUCCGCGACGGUGAGGGCGCCACCAAGUUCGUCACGAUCCGCGUCGUCGAGUCCGCUAGCGAGGAGGCUGCACGGAAAAUUGCCAGCACCAUUGCCAGGUCGCCUCUCGUCAAGACUGCACUGUACGGAAGGGACGCCAACUGGGGCCGCAUCCUAUGCGCGACUGGUUACUCGCUCGUGUCCGAGCCCGGCCAGGCCGUCAGCGAUGUUCCCGAGGUCGUCCCCGAGAAGACCAACGUCUCCUUCGUGCCUACAGAUGGCACCCCUGAGCUGAAGCUGCUGGUCAACGGCGAGCCUGAGAUGGUUGACGAGGCCAGGGCUUCCGAGAUUCUGGAGUUGGAGGACUUGGAGAUCAUCGUGAGGCUGGGCACUGGUGACAAGGAGGCCACGUACUGGACCUGCGAUUACAGCCACGAAUACAUCACCAUCAACGGCGACUACCGCACGUGA